AUGCCCAAGAGGAAGGUCAGCUGGGCCAAAGGUGCGGCGAGGGAGGAACCCAAGCGCAGUUCAGCAAGCCUGUCGGUUAAGCCUGCUCCAGCCAAGGCAGAUGCCAAGCCCAGGCGGGCAAGAAUAAAUCUUCUGACAAAAAAGUUCAAACAAGAGGGAAAAGGGAAAAGGGGAGCAAAGGGAAAAAAGGCUGAAGUGACUAACCAAGAAACAAAAGAAGAUUUACCUGCCAAAAUUGGAGAAACUAAAAAUGAGGAGAAUCCUGCCUUUGAUGAAGCAGAAGAGAAAGAAGCCAAGUCUGAUUAA